AUGAGUUCCAAAAAUCUUGUCCUGGGUUUCGCCGGGAUGGUCACGGCUGCCGCAGCGUGGGCAAUCUGGGGUAGCGACAUGUUCCCGUCCGAGCCAGACCCAACAGGAGAUCCUGAAUAUUGGACUGCCGACGAGAUGCGGAGAUGGCUUCGCAAUAGAGCUCUCCUGCCCACUGAACAGGCCACACGCGACGAAUUACUCGAGCGUGUCAAAGCGAAUCUGCGCGUACCGCCGAGAUCGACCACCUGA